AUGAGGUUCGUCGUCGUCGCUGCCUUGAUAUUCGCCACUGCUUCUGCUGCCUUUAUCCCACCGUCAAAGAGGGUUCUCCGAGAAGCUGAGCAGCUGACCGGUCUCGAAUUGAUCGAAUAUGUUAACAAGGCUCAGAACUUGUUUACGGCCAAGCUGUCUCCCCGUUUCGCGCAGUAUCCUGAUGACAUCAAGAAACGUCUCAUGGGAUCGAAGCACGUCGCUGUGCCUGAGGAAUUCAGAGUGAACGAAAAGACCCAUGACGAUAUCGAAGAUGCUUCCAUCCCCGAUUCGUUCGAUUCCCGAAAACAGUGGCCUCAGUGCCCGUCGAUCCUCUCGAUUCGCGACCAAUCGUCAUGUGGUUCAUGCUGGGCGUUCGGAGCAGCUGAAGCGAUGACUGAUCGUAUCUGCAUUGCUUCAAAUGGCAAGGAACAGUUCACCAUCUCUGCGGACGACAUUCUGUCGUGCUGUGGACUUAUCUGUGGUAAUGGAUGCGAGGGAGGCUACCCACUUCAGGCGUGGAAGUUCUGGGUGAAACACGGUGUUGUCACCGGAGGCAACUACACUUCAAAGCCGUGCCCGUCCGACAUCGUACCCACGAACACAUGUGAGCACAGUUGCCAAACCGGCUACUCCACAAGCUACACCGAUGACAAACAUUUCGGUGAGUGCUUGGAGCGACAGCCGUACGCCGUGUCGAAGAAGGUUACUGAUAUCCAGAAGGAAAUCAUGACCAAUGGUCCCGUCGAGGUCUCUUACAAUGUCUACGAGGACUUCGAACACUACACCGGUGGAAUUUAUGUGCACACAGCCGGCUCCCUUCUUGGAGGACAUGCUGUGAAAAUGAUCGGCUGGGGAACGGAGAACGGUACCCCAUACUGGAUUUGCUCCAACUCAUGGAAUUCCGAUUGGGGAGAGAACGGUUUCUUCCGAAUCAUUCGCGGUCUCGACGAAUGCGGCAUUGAAUCAGGCGUCGUUGCUGGAGAGCCCAAGCUCUAA